CGUAUCUUAUAGUGGGGAAUCAAUCUCUCUCUUCACUACUCCACUUGUGGGUUCUGGUUUUUUUGUUACGCUCACCAAAACGGCUCUCACCCAAGCCAAAAGCUUCACCGUUUCGGUUUCUGCUUAGGGUUUCCUUCUGGCAUAGCCAAAUGCCGCGCGGAGCCGCUACUUCGCUCUUCGCACUCUCCAGCUCUAUAUCCCCUCCGCGUUUUUCACCCACCAUGCAUUGAUUCUUCUUCUUCCUCUUCUCUUCCGUGGUGGCAGUUCUGGUAUGGAAGUGUAUGAUAUUUCUGAAACUAGAAACCAUGAUGCACAUAUGAUUGAAGGUACUGAUUUAAAUUCACACUUCUCAAGCCCAAAUCUUGAACGAACUGAGGUGAUGGCUAACGAAGGAGCCCCUGAGUUUUAUGUUGAUCAGAACAUGUAUUACCCUACUUCCAACAAUUAUGGGUAUUACUGUACAGGUUUUGAAACACCCGGGGAAUGGGAGGACCACCAUAGGAUUUUUGGUGUAGAUGGUCCUAAUGUUCAGUACACGGGUGCACAAAAUGAAAAUGUGCCGUAUGUAUAUUAUAGCUAUGGAUAUGCACAGUCUCCAUACAAUCCAUAUAAUCCUUAUAUUCCUGGUGCUAUGAUUGGAACUGAUGGCUCAUUUGGAGGAGGGCAACAUUAUUACACCCUCCCCAAUUAUCAAAACCCAGUUUCUGCCUCUGGUUAUAUUCCCAUUGUUCCGCCAGACACUUUUUAUGAUAGUUCUGCAGAUUCCUUUUUUGGACCCAGUGCUUCUGUCAGUAAACCUGAUGGAAGAAGUUUGAAACAUAAGUUCAAUUCAGCUUCUGGUAACUUUUCUAGGAACUCUUCAAAAUUUUUAUCAAAUCAGACAAGUUCCUUGGCCAGGGUGUCAGAAGGGCCGAGGGGUAAUGAGGGGAGGAAGCAAGAUUUAACACAUGCAAGUGUGUCCGGUAGUAGUUUUCUCAAUUUAGCUUCACCAGCUGUUCAUCAGUCUGCAGUUGCUAAACUUAGGCCGAAGCUUCACCCAGGCAAAGUUUCAAGUGGUGGAAAUGGAAGCUCUGACAUAUUGGGUGAGCAAAAUCGGGGCCCUAGAGUUGGUAGAUCAAAAAACCAGUUGUCUUUGAAAGCCUAUACGACGGUGACAGGAGAUGGUAAUGAGCAGGGGAACAUUGUCAUUUAUACUGAUCAAUACAACAAGGAAGAUUUUUCUCUUGACUAUGAAAAUGCAAAGUUUUUUGUUAUAAAAUCUUACAGUGAGGAUGAUGUGCACAAAAGCAUUAAAUAUAAUGUGUGGUCAUCAACACCUCAUGGAAACAAGAAGCUGGAGAAUGCUUAUGAGGAUGCACAGAAAAUAGCAGCUGAAAAGUCUGGAGUCUGCCCCAUCUUUCUAUUUUUUUCUGUCAAUGCAAGUGGGCAGUUCUGCGGGGUUGCGGAGAUGGUUGGUACAGUUGAUUUUAAUAAGAAUAUGGACUUUUGGCAGCAAGACAAAUGGAGUGGAAGCUUUCCUGUAAAGUGGCACUUCAUUAAAGAUGUACCAAAUCCAAAUUUUAGGCACAUUAUACUGGUGAACAAUGAAAAUAAGCCAGUAACUAACAGUAGAGACACACAAGAGAUAGUGUAUUUGAAAGGUUUGGAAAUGCUGAAAAUAUUCAAAAAUCACACAUUGAAGACAUCUUUACUUGAUGACUUCAUCUACUAUGAAAGCCGACAAAAGAUCAUGCUGGAUGAGAAAGCCAAGUUGCUUGGCAAGAAUUUUGAUAGUCCAAUAUUUGCACCUGUAAUGGAAGCUCCCCAGAAGCUGAAUUUUACAUCAACUGGCAAUUAUGAGAAGAAUUUGAAGCCCCAGAAUGAUUCGGAUGGCUUAAAACAGAUUCCAGUUUCAAGUCCUGAGCAGAUUCCUAGUAAUUCUAGUGGUACUAGCAUCAAGCCUGUGGAUGAGAAAGCUGAUAAAACUGUUGCUAAAGAUAUUUCUUCUAUCUUAAAGAUUGGUUCAGUCACUAUUGCCCCCAAACAGGUCGAGGCUAAACAAUCCAUCAGCAUUGAUAAUAAAGAACCAGUUGAUGUCCUUACAGUAGGCUCGAUGCAGGUCAAAGUUAAUGGGUUUGGUUCAUCAUCUGGAUUCUUGAAGGUUGGCAGCAUCCCACUUGAUGGAAGAGCAUUGCAACCGGGAAAAGGAGAUACUUCCGUUAAAACCGGAUCACAACGGUAAAUUUUGCUUUGCGUUUGAAGCAACAUCUCGGUAAAGAUGGAUUAAUGGUUACCCGAUGGGAUUUUACAAUUGGGAUGUUGAUUUCUUUUUGAUCAUUGUGUUUCCUACUACAUAGUUCAUUUACCAAUGAUGAUGUUUUGCUGCAAGGCUGUUAUAUCUUGGGUCUUUGGACGGUGUUGAUUGGAUGGUGUAAUGUCCUUUAUUUGUACUUUUUGCCUGCUGGUUCUCAACAUGCAAGGAGUGAGUGAGUUUGUUCAUCCGUGUUGAGAAACCUGCUUGAACAUCCCGCCACAUAGUCGAGUGAGUCUGCUUUAUUGACAAGAUCACAUUUCUAUUCUAUUGUUUUGAAUGUAUUUGGUUAAAGAUGAGCAAAUGUAACAAUUGAUUAAACGAGCUUUCUAAGGUGAGAGUA